UAAAGGUUUUUGGUUAUUCCUAGCUUAAUCAGUACUUAUAUGAAUGCCUUGUACUAUCUGAUAUGCUUUUCUUCAUGGUCUUUGUUUCUCCUUGAUUUAAUUUAAGUUUCCCUCCAUCUGUUGUUCAUCAUUAUUAUGGAAUAAUAUGAAUUACAACCAAGGCAUACCUGGAGAUGGAAGAUGUUUGUUCCGGUCUGUGGUUCACGGUGCUUGUCUAAGAGCGGGGAAGCCAUCUCCAAGCGACGUUCUUCAGAGAGAACUUGCAGAUGAGCUUAGAGCGAAAGUAGCAGAUGAGUUCAUUAAAAGGAGGGCAGACACCGAAUGGUUUCUUGAAGAUGAUUUUGAAACGUAUGUUGUACAGAUGAGACAACCGCACAUUUGGGGAGGCGAACCUGAGUUGCUUAUGUCCUCACAUGUCCUAAAGAUGCCGAUUACAGUUUAUAUGCGGGCCAACGAUUCUGGUAGCCUGAAAAUCAUAGCUGAAUAUGGUCAAGAGUACGGUAAGGAUAACCCUAUCCGUGUACUUUAUCAUGGUUAUGGACACUACGAUACAAUGCGUGGUUCGGCUACUGGUGCACAGUCCAAGUUGUACAAACAAAGAUGAACAGAGAUGCAUGGGGCUGUAGCCUCUGUAGUCAUAUUCAGCAUCUUGAAUUGUAUUCCUGUUCUUUGCUUAUAGUAGCUACUGUUUCGAGAAAUGGGCACUAUCUCGAAACAAGAUCCUCAAAAAUUGUGUCCCAUGCUUUGUUUAUAGCAUCUGCCCAGUCUAGAUUAGGUGGAUGCAUAAAAAUAAAAUUAAGGCUUCCAUUAUA